AUGCCCCAAAUUUCCGUUGCCCCAGCUGAAAUCCACGCCACUUGUCAAGAGAACAAAAGGAUACCGCUCAUAGAGAAACCAGCGUCGUCUCGGUCACAUUUCACCCCAACCUGUUGCUUCACCCCAACCUGUUGCUUCACCCCAACCUGUUGGAACCUGUGGCUUCACCCCAACCUGUUGGAACCUGUUGCUUCACCCGAACCUGUUGCUUCACCCCAACCUGUUGCUUCACCCCAACCUGUUGGAACCUGUUGCUUCACCCGAACCUGUUGGAACCUGUUGCUUCACCCCAACCUGUUGCUUCACCCGAACCUGUUGGAACCUGUUGCUUCACCCCAACCUGUUGGAACCUGUUGCUUCACCCCAACCUGUUGGAACCUGUUGCUUCACCCCAACCUGUUGCUUCACCCGAACCUGUUGGAACCUGUUGCUUCACCCCAACCUGUUGCUUCACUCGAACCUGUUGGAACCUGUUGCUUCACCCGAACCUGUUGGAACCUGUUGCUUCACCCCAACCUGUUGGAACAUGUUGCUUCACCCGAACCUGUUGGAACCUGUUGCUUCACCCCAACCUGUUGCUUCACCCCAACCUGUUGGAACCUGUUGCUUCACCCGAACCUGUUGGAACCUGUUGCUUCACCCCAACCUGUUGCUUCAGCCCAACCUGUUGGAACCUGUUUCUUCACCCCAACCUGUUGGAACCUGUUGUUUCACCCCAACCUGUUGCUUCACCCCAACCUGUUGCUUCACCCCAACCUGUUGCUUCACCCCAACCUGUUGGAACCUGUUGCUUCACCCCAACCUGUUGCUUCAGCCCAAACUGUUGGAACCUGUUGCUUCAGCCCAACCUGUUGGAACCUGUUGCUUCAGCCCAACCUGUUGGAGCCUGUUGCUUCAGCCCAACCUGUUGGAACCUGUUGCUUCACCCCAACCUGUUGGAACCUGUUGCUUCACCCGAACCUGUUUGAACAUGUUGCUUCACCGCAACCAGUUGGCACCUGUUGCUUCAGCCCAACCUGUUGGAACCUGUUGCUUCAGCCCAACCUGUUGGAACCUGUUGCUUCACCCCAACCUGUUGGAACCUGUUGCUUCACCCCAAGCUGCUGGAACCUGUUGCUUCAGCCCAAUCUGUUGGCACCUGUUGCUUCACCGCAACCAGUUGGCACCUGUUGCUUCAGCCCAACCUGUUGGAACCUGUUGCUUCACCCCAACCUGUUGGAACCUGUUGCUUCACCCCAACCUGUUGGAACCUGUUGCUUCACCCCAACCUGUUGCUUCACCCGAACCUGUUGGAACCUGUUGCUUCACCCCAACCUGUUGGAACCUGUUGCUUCACCCCAACCUGUUGGAACCUGUUGCUUCACCACAACCUGUUGCUUCACCCCAACCUGUUGCUUCACUCGAACCUGUUGGGACCUGUUGCUUCACCCGAACCUGUUGGAACCUGUUGCUUCACCCCAACCUGUUGGAACCUGUUGCUUCACCCGAACCUGUUGGAACCUGUUGCUUCACCCCAACCUGUUGCUUCACCCCAACCUGUUGGAACCUGUUGCUUCACCCGAACCUGUUGGAACCUGUUGCUUCACCCCAACCUGUUGCUUCAGCCCAACCUGUUGGAACCUGUUGCUUCACCCCAACCUGUUGGAACCUGUUGUUUCACCCCAACCUGUUGCUUCACCCCAACCUGUUGCUUCACCCCAACCUGUUGGAACCUGUUGCUUCACCCCAACCUGUUGCUUCAGCCCAACCUGUUGGAACCUGUUGCUUCAGCCCAACCUGUUGGAACCUGUUGCUUCACCCCAACCUGUUGGAACCUGUUGCUUCACCCCAACCUGUUGGAACCUGUUGCUUCAGCCCAACCUGUUGCUUCAGCCCAACCUGUUGGAACCUGUUGCUUCACCCCAACCUGUUUGA